AUGUCGAAAGAAGACAGGCCUUCAAGAAAGCGACACGACUCGGUAGCCGACCCGCGAAAGAGUAAGAAAGACGAGGAUGACAGCGGCCUCGGCACGAGCAAGUCCCGCACACUCUCAUCUGGUACGACAACAGGAGCAGUGCCCAAAGCUCCUGCAGCUGUGCCCAGUCGCCCGACGACAUCGCAAAGUCGGGCCAAGUCGACGCCGGAGCCCAAUGCCCCCGAAGCACCCGUCAAAUCUGCGCUGAACAGAGCGGUGGGUUCGUCUUUGAGAAGCCCCUCUCCCACGCCACCUUCUCUGGGGGCGUAUCCUAAAAAAGUUGAUGCUGGAACAGCGGAAUGGGCCAAAGACCAGAUCGAAGCGACCCCGACGAUAGAGUCCCAGGGGCCGUCCGGCCCCACGCUUCGAUUGUACCACGAGCCACCAGAAGUGCUGGAGAAGGAGGGAAUACCUAAGAAGGCCCUGUUACCCGUGGCGGAAGACGUUGGCUUUCUGACCAGUCAGGCUCCGGACAGUCCGAUUCCUUCGACGUCGUUCACCGUGCAGGCUACAAUCCAAGAACCACCGUCUUCAGAUCCGUCGCCGCCAGAAGAGCGGUACCCUCGCCGGCAGCCAGCCAACAAGAAAGGUGAAGCAUCGCCUCCCAAAGACGAGUCGAAACGACCAGGAAAAUGA